AUGGCUCGAUCCAGCGCACAUCUGAAUGGAAUGUCAAAUCGCUUGAAUUCGUCAUCACCACGAGCCCGAUUCCUCGGCAUGGUUGUCGGUAUGGCCAUAUCCGAUCUUGUGGACAAGCCAGGAUCUAAAAUGAACUUUGACAUUGAAGACCUGAAGACGCCGGAAGCGCAAUGGUACCAGAGGCUUAUCAAGGUCGACGACAAGAUUGGUCACUUUGAAGAUAUCGAGGAAGCUUUUGGCGCCAACAAGCUUACAGAAGGAACCACUGCAAAACUCCAACCGACAAAGAAGCCCACCCAGUCGAAGCUGACGCCCAAGCCUAUCAUCCAAGAGGAACCUCAAGGACCUAGGAUCAUGGAAGUCCUGGAUGACUCCGAGGAAGACGACGAUCUCAUUCCUUACGCCAAGCCAGACUCUGAUCAUGAAGACGAGGAUGAGGAUCCGACCAUGAUCAACCGUGACAAGCCAAAGGCGCCAGUAUAUAUCCGAGAUCUAAUGGCUGGACUGAACGACUCUGAAAAUUACGAACGACACAGUCUGGCCUUGCAAAGUGCUGCUGCUCUGAUCCGUCGCAAGACUUCUUUCGGCAAAGAAGUCAGUGAUCAUGCGCUUGAGCUCGCAUCGAUCCUGGUAGGACUUGGCGAUACAUUCGACAUGGAAGACUUCUUAGAACUGCGUUUGCAGGCACUGAUUGCUGUACUGAUAUCGAGCCCCGCACAAAUGGCGCCAUGGUUCGCACGACAAGUCUUCGAUGGAGACUACUCCUUGAGUCAACGCACUACCGUCCUGAGCGUUCUGGGGCUGGGUGCGCGAGAGCUGGCAGGCUACAAAGAUGAGGACGAGGAACUCAAUCCGAAGAUUGCAGCAACCUCGUUCCCUAGCAAACAGCUUCCUGAAAGACUACACAAGAUGUACACUGCUGAGAGGAACGCACCAAUCGCUCGAAUCGCGUCCAAGCUAGAAAGAUCCAUGAUACAGCCCAUGGCGCUAGAUGCAGCCGACAAAAUGUCUGGACCCAACAUCCUAAAAGUCAGAACGUUCUCAUCACGUAUGGAAGUGGAAAAGAAGAGAAAGAAGGUAAUACCGAACGCAUUAGCCAAGAUUGUCGCAGAAGGCUUCUUCUUCCCUCUGACCGGACGAUGGUGGCAGAAUUUGCAGGCAUACGGAGCGGAAAACGUGCAUUUCCAACCUUUCUUGCUUAGCACCUAUCUCAAGACUCUGUCACUGAUUUUACACGCGGCUGGAUCAGGAACAAUCAGUCUUCCUCAGAUGACGGCAGAAUUUUGGGAAUUGAUCUUGAGUAUUAGAACAAAUGCGUUGGCAGAUGUCAGUGUGUUGGAGGCUGUGCUCUUUGCGACUCUCACUUUGCUGGACAUGAAUGACGACAAACGCCGACUGGCAGAAGAGCAUUCGAAACAGCUGAUUGAGACACAAGAGUGGGUGGAACUUGUGUUUGAUAGGGUUGGUGGAGGUGAUGAAGAGGGCGAGAGGAUUCGGAUGCUGGCUGCCAGUGUGUUGAUGAAGACUAGAGAGGUGGUUGACAAGUAUCAACGCUUGCUGGUUGGCGACCUCGUAGACUACUGA